AUGGCCUACGAAUCGCCAGCACUUAGAUCGACAAUCCUCUCAAUGGCUGCAAAUCAUCUCGCAUUUGCAUCAAACGAUGCUUCACUUCACCUACAAGGCUACCGUCACCAACGAGACGCAAUCCAAGAGCUUCAAAAGAUGAUUCAGGAUCCAGUGAAGAUGGAUACUGAGCCAGCGCUGGCCACUGUCAUGAUGAUGCAGGUUUCGGCGCGGUUGUUUGGCGAUGAGGAUGAAGGGAACAUCGCGAACCAUCUGACUGGCGCCAAAGCCAUGAUAACAGGGCGCAGUGUAGGUAGCUGGCUUGUCACAUCUAGUGCUCGCUUCCUCCUGAGCCUGUUUGCAUAUCACGAUAUUCUAUCUUCCGUGUCAAGAGGCUCGCAGCCAUUAUUGGAUCAUGAAAUGGACUUUGUCGCCAUCGAAGGGGAGAUACAGCUAGAAAGUAUCGCAAAAGUCUUAGUGGUCGUUGCAAAGAUCAGUCAGCUGCAACACGCUAUCAAGACGAGAAGAGUCCUAUCGCCAACAAGUCCUGCUUUGUCGGAAGAUGAAAAUACCACUGGUCAGCAUAUCCAGCAGAUUCUAUUAGCCAUGGAGUUCGUUGCAUGUAAGAGGGGGGACAGCGAAGAGCGCAUAGACAUUAGCUUGACAGCUGAAGCCUAUCGCCACGCCGCCUUCAUUUACCUCUACCGAACCUGGCUUGACAUAGGUGCCCCCAACCCGAUAAGCAUGGAGCAUAUCAAUCAGUGUCUAACACAGCUACAACGAGUCGAUAUUCACUCGCCUCUAACCUCAGCACAUAUGUGGCCGCUGUUCACCGCGGGCUGCGAGGCGAUCGACAGCACACAACGCCAAUUCGUCCGUGAUCGAUUCGAAAAGCUGUAUGCUGUAAAGCAUUUCCCCAGCUUGAAACGCGUCAUGCGCGAUAUCGAACAUGUUUGGGCAGCCAAGGACAUGGAACAACAGAUGAAAGGUCAAGAUGGAAUGGCCAAGGUUGACUGCAUACAAGUCAUCCUGAAAAGAAGGGGGCGGGAGGUCGAUCUUGCGUGA